CUAGCCAUACGGUGUGGCAUUAGCAAGUCAGUCUGUCUCUUCAUUUCACGACAAAUACUACGAAUCAUGAUAAGUCUAUCUCUUCCUGCUUCUGCACAGCUCAGCUCUUCUCCUUCCAUCAAACCCAGAAGUCUUUCUACCCCAAAGGCAGCUUCCGUUCAAUUUCAGAAAAACUCUGAUUUCCAAGUUCUCAAAGACCGUUUGAUUCGCCAGGCCAAUGGGGGCAACAUCCGCCAAGCUAUUUCGACCCUUGAUCUCAUUUCCCAGAUGGGCUUCACCCCGGACCUCGCCUCCUAUGCCGCCCUCCUCAAAUCUUGCAUCAGAACCCGUAACUUCAAACUGGGUAAGUCAAUCCACUCCAGACUCGGGGUUUCACCACUCGAACCAGAUACUAUUGUUCUCAACUCACUCAUAAGCUUGUAUGCGAAAUGCGGUGACUGGGAAACUGCAAAAGAAAUUUUCGAUGCAAUGGGUGCACGGAGAGACAUGGUUUCAUGGAGUGUUAUGAUUUCGUGCUAUGCUCGUUGUAAUAUGGAAAGGGAGGCCGUUUUAACAUUCGUUGAAAUGGUUAGUUUUGGAGAGUAUCCGAACCAGUUCUGCUUCUCAACAGCUAUUAAAGCUUGUUCUAAUGCGAGGUUCGGCAGUACUGGAUUGGCUAUUUUUGGAUUUGUGGUCAAAACUGGCUAUUUUGAUUCUGAUGUUUGUGUGGGAUGUGCAGUGAUUGAUUUAUUUUCCAAAGGGCUUGGCGACUUAGAAUCCUCUCAGAAGGUGUUUGAAGAAAUGCCUGAGAAAAACUCUGUUUGCUGGACUCUCUUGAUCGCUAGAUUAUCUCAAUUGGGUAAUACAAAGGAUGCAAUCCACCUGUUCGAGGAAAUGCUUUUGAAUGGGUUCACCCCAGAUAGAUUCACUCUUAGUAGCAUUUUAUCAUCUUGUGCUGAUAUGGGGUUGGGGUGGCUAUCAUUUGGACAGCAGCUGCAUUGUUUGGUCAUGAAGUCUGGAUUGUCAAUGGAUGUGUGGGUCGGAUGCAGUUUGGUUAACAUGUACUCCAAAAGCUCUACAGAUGGAUCAAUGGACUACGCAAGGAAGGUUUUUGAUCGAAUGUCUCAUCAUAAUGUCAUGUCUUGGACUGCACUCAUCACAGGAUAUGCACAAACAGGAGGUGAUAGAGAAGCUAUUAACUUGUACUGUAUGAUGAUUGAAACCCGUGUUAAACCAAACCAUUAUACAUUUUGUAGCCUUUUGAAAGCAUGUGGGAAUCUUUCCUGCCCUGAUAUUGGCCAGCAGAUUUAUAACCAUGCUGUAAAAUCAGGUCUUGCAGCCAUGAACUGUGUGACUAACUCUUUGAUAAGUAUGUUUGCCAAAUCAAGUAGGUUUGAUGAUGCAUGGAAAGCUUUUGAAUUUCUCUUUGAGAAGAAUUGCAUUUCCUAUAACAUAAUUGCUGAUGGAUAUGCCAAGAACUUGGAUUCCUCUAAAGCUUUUGAACUUUUCAACCAAACUGAAGAGUCUGGAGUUGAAGUUGAUGCUUUCACCUUUGUGACUCUCUUGAGUGCUGCUGCAAGUAUAGGGGCAGUUAGUAAAGGGGAAGAAAUUCAUGCUCGACUCCUAAAAUCAGGGUUCCAGACUAAUCAAUCUGUCUGCAAUGCUUUGAUCUCCAUGUAUUCAAAAUGUGGUAACAUCGAGGCUGCUUCUCAAGUAUUCAAUGAAUCCAAAAACAGGAACGCAAUAUCUUGGACUUCAAUCAUAACAGGUUUUGCCAAACACGGUUUCGCCAAGAGAGCUUUAGAGUUGUUCUGUGACAUGGUCAGCUCAGGUGUGAAACCAAACGAGGUCACAUAUAUUGCUGUUCUAUUAGCUUGCAGCCAUGUUGGGUUGGUAGAUUCUGGAUGGAAACAUUUCAACUUGAUGUCCAUAGAACAUGGAAUUCGUCCGAGAAUGGAGCAUUAUGCAUGCAUGGUUGAUCUUCUAGGUAGAUCCGGAAAUCUUGAGAAUGCGGUAAGGUUCAUUAAAUGCAUACCUUUCACCCCUGGUGCCAUUAUCUGGCGCACAUUACUGGGAGCUUGUCAGGUUCAUGGAAACAUGAUGCUUGGAGAGCAUGCGGCCAAAAUGGUUCUUGAGUGGGACCCACAAGACACAGCAGCACAUGUUCUGUUGUCCAACAUAUAUGCGUCCACUGGAAACUGGGAAGAAGUGGCACGAAUCAGGAAAGACAUGAAAGAACGCAAAGUGGUGAAAGAAGCUGGCUGUAGCUGGAUAGAAACCGGAAACAAGAUGAACAAGUUUUAUGUAGGGGACACUAAGCAUCCACAGGCAAAGGAGAUACACCGCGAAUUGGAUCGACUGGUUGUGGAAAUAAAGGGACUGGGUUACAUCCCAAACACAACCUUGGUGCUCCAUGACGUGGAGGAGGAGCAUAAGGAGCAAUAUCUAUUCCAGCACAGCGAGAAGAUAGCAGUAGCUUUUGGGCUAAUAAGCACAGCCAAACCAAAGCCCAUUCGGAUAUUCAAGAACCUGAGAGUGUGCAAGGAUUGCCAUACUGCAAUGAAGUACAUAUCAAUAGCGACAGGUAGAGAAUUAGUUUUGAGAGAUUCCAAUAGAUUUCACCAUAUCAAAGAUGGAGCUUGCUCUUGCAAUGAUUACUGGUAAUAUUAACCAUCAGUAUCUGAAUUUUCGGGACAACUGGUGCAUGUGUAGAAGUCCAUUGGAUAAAAACAGCAGGAUCACCAAUAUUCAAUUGAGCUAUAUCCAUUGUGAAUUGAAUCUCACUAUUCCUUCUAAAGAAGGUUGCAAUAGGAAGGACAUCUGACAUCAAUAUUGCAAAAAAUCCAAAAUACUGAUGGCUUAAGUGAGCGAAUACAUUUGUUGGACUUAUAAACAAUUAACCAUGGAUUAGCUAUGACCUAGCAACCAAUUUUGAACUACAUUGUAUGUAAAACUCUAUGGACUACUUCAGUAUAGACAGGUGACCAAUGAGUGUUAUUGAGUGGUCAAAUAAGAUCCAUCGGUAGAACGUAACUAAAAUGAGCUCCAAUUACUGGCACAAAACACUAUUUAUGGUGUAGCAUUGCUUGUGCCAUGAUUUCAAUUACCACAUGGUUCCAUUGUUUAAUGCAAAACUAAAUUUGCCGGGUCUCUUCCCAUUACUGAAGGUCAAAAGUUUUGAAAUCGAGAAGACUGAAUUGUGAGGUAAGGUGCGGACUUUGCGGGCAAGGGUGUGAAUCAUUGUUGCAUAUUUUCGUCAGGUUGCCCGUUGUUGCUGCUAUUUGGUGUUCCUUGGGGUGGGGUUUGCUGGAUGAUUCAGUGGAUACCUUCAUCAAUUGGGUGCAAGUUAGUUUCCAAGGUAGAAGCGAAGAGGAACGUAGCUGGUUAAGGCAGUGUUUGCCGCUUGAAAAAAACACUUAUCUACUUUUAGCCUUAAAAAAGUCAAAAGUGGUGUUUGUAAACUGAACCUUCGGCUUAUUUUAAGCAACUUUAAGUUGAAAGUUGGAAGUUGGGUUAUACAUGCUUUUAUUUGCGU